AUGACAAUGAACAGUAAUCCGACAGAGAUGGAGGCCUUCCAGACUCUAUCGGAUAAAUGGCAUCCAGGCAUGGACCAGCAAGGCCCUUUGAUAGGCAUGAAAGUUGGGAUGGAUGUUCUCGUUUCCGAGUAUGCUCAAGCAGAUCAGACAUAUGUGGUAAAGACUACAGGCCUCGCAGCGACACAUACGUCCUAUCGUGCUGUCAAAGGCGACGGUCAAUGCGGUUGGCGUGCAACAGUAUUCUGCUAUUUCGAAAUUCUGCUCAAUUCCAUGGACCCCGGUCUCGUCCAAGCGGAGAAAAUUAGGUUCGAAUCGUAUGGCGAUACAAUGAAAAUGGUUGGAAUUGACUACGAUCUGAUGGUGGAUAUGUUCGAUUAUACAUGGGAGCUAUUCGACGCUGUUACGCAAGCAGUACAGACAAAUGGUCAGCGAGACUCUGUGAUUCUGAACAUCAUGAACGACGAGAACAAGUCGAACUCCAUAGUCUACCACUUCAAAAUGGUUACAAGUGCCUAUAUGAAGCUCAGAGAGGAGGAAUAUGUACCAUGGACUGAAACUCUCAACGUCGAUGAAUACCGAAUUCGCAGGAUUGAUCCGACAAAUGAAGAGAUUGAUGAGCUUGGUCUGAAAGUGCUGACUGACGCUGUCAUCCUGCCAGCAGGCUUCGGCCUUGAAGUCCUCUAUCUCGACCGAAGUAUGGGCGAUCAAGUAACACCGCAUAGCUUCACCCCAGACACAAACCGAGUACCGACUAUUCGUCUCCUGUACCGACCUGGUCACUACGACAUUAUCUACAAGGAGACACAGCCCCUCCAGGUCUAUCUGCAGCCUCGACAAGAGGUCCCGGUCAAUGUUGCUGGUGCGCACAACAACGUCAAUUUCUACUCAGACUUUGGCUCAUUAUUCUCACCCCCAACUGGUGCGACCUAUGAGGAUAUGUCGUUUCUAUCGCAUGGAAACUACAAUCAACAUCAAAAUCCAUAUGCUCAUUAUUCUCAGCCUCUAAACCACAGCUAUUACAAUUUCUACCAUCCUCAACCUGUACUCAAUCAGUCCAGUCCGAUGAUGUACCUGCCGCCUCCACCAGAAGCACCACCUACGUCGUUGCCUUCCUGGUCAGCUCAACCCAGCGCGCGAACCUCAAUACGUACUUCGACUUCUCCGCGUUCGACUACACUCUCGCCAUCUCCAGGUCCCUCUGCCACUGCAGCACAACCUGCGAACGAGCCGCAAUUCCGAUUCACAACAGAACACAUCAGACUCGCGCAACAUGGUUUACCUAGCGUUCCACUACUGCUGAGCAAUACGAGCUCGACGGCAAACAACCCCGCCUUCAUCGGCACUCCAAAGGGCACGUUCCAGCCUCAACAAUACAGUCCUGGAGACGAUUAUGGAAGACGAAAAUGA